AUCCAAGAUAGUGGCCAGCAGGAGGCUGAUGAAGGACAACCCUCCAUAUGAUAAGGGGGCUUUGAGAAUCGAAAUCAACUUUCCAGCAGAGUACCCACUCAAACCACCGAAGAUCACAUUUAAAACAAAGAUCUAUUGCCCGAACAUCGAUGAAAAGGGGCAGGUCUGUCUGCCAGGAAUUAGUGCUGAAAACUGGAAGCCAGCAACCAGAACCGGCCAAAUAAUCCAGUCCCUCACAGCACUGGUGAACGACCCCCAGCCCGAGCACCCACUUCGGGCUGACCUAGCUGAAGAAUACUCUAAGGACCGUAAAAAAUUCUGUAAGAACGCUGAAGAGGUUCCAAAGAAAUACGGGGAGAAGCGACCUGUGGACUAA